UGACAUAUUUGCAACAGCCUUUAGACAACAAACAUUUGUAGAAAGAAAAAAAAAAAAAAAAAAGAGGCUGAACCGAAACACAAGAAGGAGGAAGUCACCUUUGGCAGUUUAGUAACCAGCACGCUGGUUUCUCGUUCAACUGAGCACACAGAGUCCACUUCUUUUACAGCAACAUGGCAAGAACUUCUGACGCAGACCUCAAACCUCCGUUCAGCCAGAACGGACUGAAAUAUGACGAUCUGAGGAAAAACGGCUGUCACAACGGGAGGGAGAAAAAUGGACCACAGACUGGCGUCGGUUCUAGGCAGCACAGCCAUGACACAUUUGAACAGCCGCCUAUGUAUGUGGCGGUCAUGACGUACCUGGGUUUUGGGAUUGUGACCCUGUUUGGUUACCUCAGAGACUUUCUCAGAGCGGUGGGCCUGGAGAAGUGCCAUGUUGCACAGGAAAGAGAAGAACAGAAGGAUUUCACUCCCCUUUACCAAGAUUUUGAAAAUUUUUACACUCGAAACCUGUACAUGCGAGUACGGGACAACUGGAACCGUCCCAUAUGCAGUCUCCCAGGACCCGUCUUUGACUUGAUGGAAAGGGUGUCUGAUGACUACAACUGGACAUUCAGGUUUACAGGGACGGCAAUACAUAAUGUCAUCAACAUGGGCUCAUACAACUACCUCGGUUUCGCAGAGAACAACGCAGAUUUCCUGAAAACUGUGGCAGAUAAGGUGCAACGGUACGGAGCUGGGGUUUGCAGCACAAGGCAGGAAAUUGGUAACCUGAACAUGCACCAGGAGCUGGAACAACUAGUGGCCCAUUUCCUUGGAGUUGAGUCCUCCAUGAUAUUUGGGAUGGGUUUUGCAACCAACUCAAUGAACAUCCCAGCACUUGUAGGGAAGGGUUGUUUGAUAGUAAGCGAUGAGCUCAAUCACACAUCUCUAAUCUUGGGGGCCAGACUGUCAGGAGCUACUAUUCGGGUGUUCAAACACAACAACAUGCAUAGUCUGGAGAAGCUGCUAAGAGAGGCUGUUUGCUCAGGGCAGCCUCGGACCCACAGACCCUGGAAAAAGAUCCUCAUUAUGGUGGAGGGCAUCUACAGCAUGGAGGGCUCAGUGGUUCGACUGCCUGAAAUCAUUGCCCUGAAGAAGAAGUAUAAAGCCUAUCUUUACCUGGAUGAAGCCCACAGUAUCGGCGCAGUGGGGCCUUCGGGGAGGGGAGUCACCGAGCUGUUUAAUGUGAGGCCAGCUGAUGUGGACGUGAUGAUGGGGACUUUCACAAAGAGCUUUGGGGCAGCUGGAGGCUACAUCGCAGGGAAAAAGGAUCUGGUGGACUACCUGCGCAGUCAUUCUCACAGUGCAGUAUACGCCUCAGCCAUGUCCCCUGCCAUAACAGAGCAGGUCACCCGUGCCAUGAAGUGCAUCAUGGGACAAGACGGGUCAAUGGAGGGCAUUAGACGGAUCCGCCAGUUGGCAGAAAACACCAGAUACUUCAGGGCCAAGCUGAAGGAUAUGGGCUUCAUCAUCUAUGGUGAUGAUGACUCUCCUGUGGUUCCAGUGCUGCUCUACAUGCCAGGCAAAGUGGUAGCGUUUGCUCGAGAAAUGCUGGAGAGAAGAAUAGGUGUCGUAGUGGUUGGCUUUCCUGCCACACCAAUCACAGAGGCCCGAGCUCGAUUUUGUUUGUCUGCGUCACACACCAGGGAGAUACUGGACCAGGUGCUGCACCACAUGAAUGAAGUAGGAGACCUCCUCUGUCUGAAGUUUUCACGGAGGAAACGUUCCUCUUGGCCUGACCCCUGCAAGGGGACAAACUCUGAGGUGGACAGCUGAUGUGGCCCAUCGCACCUCUAAUUCACAGUGUCGAAACGAAGUGUCCCUCCCACUGCAGACUCAUUAACACAUAUUAUAGGGUGACACCUAUGAGCUUUGCACAGAAGAGAGGACAAAUGUUUGGCAGCUGCUUUUUUAUAUGUUAUUGUAACACACUGAUUCAGAAGAAGAGCUGUUUUUGCUCAUUUCAAUUAAAUAUAUUUCUUAACAUAAUUGUUUUUGAAGACUUACAGUUAAUUGCUGCAAAAGCAUGGCAGGGACCAGUAAUGUGAAAAAUAUUUUGCGUCACUUAGCGUUUGCCCACAUAACAAGGUCUUACAUCAUAGAUCCUUCAUAACUCAUAAAUUAUUACCAGUUUUAGAACUGUUGUCGCUAAUAAUUAUUUAAGAAUAAACUAUUUUACAGGAUGUAAUUCACUGUGUAUUAUGUUAAGCAAGAUAAUUCUGUUUUAAAAGGCAUAUUUACAAA